CUACCCCUCCCUCUCUGCCAGGGAGGUCCCAGCUGGGUUAGGAAACCACCAGUCCUCCUGGCCCCAAAGAAGCCAGGCCUGGGCUUCCCUCUGCUGUCCCCAGACCUGGAGUUUGGACAGACAGCUGCAGUUCAGCUGGAGCUGUGGGCUCUGCCGUGCAACACCCAGGUCAGCGGCUGGUGUGGGGCUGGCAAGUGAAGCUCAGCCCUCCCAGGCCUGCCCCAAGCGGAUCUACAGCCCUGGAUGGAAUUGCCUCUAUGUCACCUGAAGAAAAACUGGACCCAAUCCCCGACAGCUUCAUCCUGCAGCCUCCUGUCUUCCACCCGGUGCUUCCUUAUGUCACGACCAUUUUUGGUGGCCUGCAUGCAGGCAAGAUGGUCAUGCUGCAGGGAGUGGUCCCUCUAAAGGCUCACAGGUUCCAGGUGGACUUCCAGUGCGGCUGCAGCCUGUGCCCCCGGCCGGACAUCGCCUUCCACUUCAACCCCCGCUUCCACACAAGCAGCCCCCACGUCAUCUGCAACACCUUGCACGCCGGGUGCUGGCAAGCAGAGGUGCGGUGGCCCCACCUGGCCCUGCAGAGAGGUGCCAGCUUCCUCAUCCUCUUCCUCUUUGAGAAUGAGGCGGUGAAGGUGAGCGUGAAUGGCAAGCACUUUCUCCACUACCGCUACCGGCUCCCGCUGUCUCGCGUGGACACGCUGGGCAUAUUCGGAGAUGUCUUGGUGAAGGCCGUGGGAUUCCUGAACAUCAACCCAUUCGUGGAGGGCAGCAAGGAGUACCCUGUCGGGCACCCUUUCCUGUUGACAAGCCGCAAGCUGGAGCUGCCUUGCUCACGUGGGCUUCCCCGGGGCCUCUGGCCUGGCCAGGUCAUCAUAGUGCGGGGGCUGGUCUUGCAGGAGCCAAGGGACUUCACCCUGAGCCUGAGGGAUGAGGCUGCUCGCACACAUGUGACGCUCAGAGCAUCCUUCGCCGACAGAAGCCUGGCCUGGAUCUCGCCCUGGGGACGAAAGACGCUCAUUGCAGCCCCCUUCCUCUUCUACCCCCAGCGAUUCUUUGAGGUACUGCUGCUAUGCCAGGAUGGAGGGCUGAAGCUAGCCCUCAAUGGGCAGGGGCUGGGAGCCACCAGCCUGGGCCAACAGAACCUGGAGCAGCUGCGAGAACUCCGGAUCAGCGGAAGUGUCCAGCUCUACUGUGUCCAUUGUUGAGGAGGUUUCCUGCAGAGAGGCCCUAGCCAGGGAAGAGUGAGGAAAGCCCAUGCC